GGGUAUUCAAAGUCUUGUAGACAGCGGGGUCAAGGAAUCGGAAAUUAGUUUCCAGCUGCAAUACAGCCGGCAGAAUCUGAAGAAACUACUGAUGGCGUAUCCCAACAAAGAGGUUAAAAAGGGAUUGGUGUCAACGUACAAGAAAGUCGAGAGGGAUAUGGGUUCAACUAGUAGUCAAUUGCAGGUGGUCUGGCGGUACAUGCAAGAUGACUUUAUUGCCCAGUACCAGGCGUAUGAUCAGAUAAUUCAAAAAUGCUACCCCAACACUGGGUUGCAACUGGACUUCACCGUCAAAGACCUGUUGAGUUACUUCUCCAGUAUUGCGGCGUCUCAUUAAAAUAGAAACUUUAAACCCUG